AAAUUAUAUAGCCAGAACUGGUACUAUAGCCAGAACAUUUUGAUAUCUAUAAGAUGUCCUGAAGACUUGUGUUGGAUAUCUUUCAAGAAGAAACAAAAAUGAGCUCAUCUAGUAGACGUGUUGCUCUGGUGACUGGGUCAAACAAGGGAAUUGGUUACGCUAUUGUUCGUGGAUUGUGCAAGCAGUUUGAUGGGGACGUUAUUUUGACCGCUCGUACUGAGAGUAACGGACAGGACGCUAUCAAGCGACUAAAUGGCGAGGGUCUACAUCCGAAAUUCCACCAACUGGACAUCACAGACAAGGCCAGCAUUGACCGCAUUGGUCAGUUCCUAAAGUCGACGUAUGGGGGCCUUGAUAUACUAGUCAACAAUGCAGGCAUUUCCUACAAGGCGGCAGCCACUACGCCGUUUAAAGAGCAGGCUGAGGUUACCUUGGCUACCAACUUUUGGGGCACUCUAAACGCCUGUAAUACACUCUUUCCUCUUCUCCGCCCACAUGCAAGGGUUGUGAAUGUAUCCAGUAUGGUUAGUCAGUUUACGGCCAAGAAAUGCAGCAAGGAGUUACAGAACAAAUUCACAGAUCCAGAUUUAACGAUGGCUAAUGUGGAACAGCUCAUGACCGAGUUUGUAAGCUCGGCAAAGGAUGGCAGCUUCAGGCAGAAGGGAUGGCCGGAGUCUGCGUACGGAGCAAGCAAGGUUGGCGUGACCUUGAUGUCCUUUGUCCAGCAAAAACAAUUAAACUCUGAGAGCAGAGAGGACAUAAUCGUUAACGCUUGUUGCCCAGGUUACGUAGAUACAGACCUUACCAGCCACAAGGGAACAAAAACAAUAGAUGAAGGAGCAGACACACCCCUUUAUCUGGCGAUGCUGCCUCCGAAUACAAACAGUCCAAAAGGAAACUUUGUCUCCGAGCGCAAAAUUGGAACAUUACUGUGAAGUUUGAACUAGACCAUGAAGAGACUUGAACGUAAAUAUAGAAUAUAUCCUGACUGUCAUCAGCAGAGCUUACAUUGUGUUUCGUUUUGUACACUAACCAUGAAAUAUGUUAGCAGUAGAUGUGUAAUGCUAUGGUCAUACUAUUAUUUUAAAAGUGACCUUGGAAAAGUACACUUCACAUGGACUUAACCUUGUUACUUUAUUUUUUCUGAGAAGAAGUAAAUAAAGAUUUGAUGAAUUUAAUACUCGCAUUGUUUUGAACAUGUAUACAUAAACAAUUGUUAAAAAACUGAUUACAAUUAUUAAAAACCACAACUCUGAG